AUGGCUGCCAACCCGCCUCAGGGGAGCAACCUCGACCGCUACGUCGUCAUCCACGUAGCCACCACCUGUGACGAGCAUGGCGUCUACGUUACCAAAGACUCGGCAGAGGUCAUUGAGCUUGGAUGGAUCCUGCUGGACGCCAAGUCGUGUGAAGAGCUCCAUCGCGAGAGCGUCCUCGUCAAGCCCGUGAACACGCCAAUUACCCCUCUUUGCACUUCGCUCACCACCCUCACCUGGGAACACGUCCGCAACGCGGGCUCCUUCCGUGACGCCAUCAACCGCUUCGACCAGUUUGCCAACGAGCACCUCCUCCAGAAGAACCUUGAGUUUGCCUUUGUGACGCUCGAUUCGUGGGAUCUCCGCGUACAGCUGCCCCGCGAGGCGAGGGACAAGGCCGUCGUUUUGCCGCCUUAUCUCCAGCACUCGCGGACUUUCGAUCUCCGCACCGAGUACCAGCGCUGGCAGACGCACCACCCUGAGUCGCUUCCCUUUGGCUCUAGCGCCCUCUCCAAUAUCUGCGCCGCUCUCGAGGUUGAGCCUGUCCAGUCUUCCGCCCCGAUCAAGCACAACCUUCCUUUCCACCUUCAAGCUUUGGCGCCCGCUUCCCCUAGGCGCGCCAUGGAAGAAGCUGUGACCUUGGCCAGGGUCCUCCGCGGCCUCAUCCGCAAAUCGCAGCCUCCCCACGAGCACCCGGACGUCCUCACCCGCCCCAUGGACGCCAGGGCCGACGUUCGUGCUUUCCUUUCCGAGCGCAGCAAGGUGCUUCACAUGAGUGGUCUGCCCCACGACACCACCCAGUCCGAGCUUGAGAGCUGGUUCACGCAGUUUGGCGGUCGCCCGAUUGCCUUCUGGACGCUCCGCACCCCCGACCAGCACAAGCCCACGGGUUCUGGCUUUGCCAUCUUCUCGUCGCACGAAGAGGCUGCUGAGAGUCUCUGCAUGAACGGCCGCGCCCUUAACGAGAAGGCCAUCGAGGUCUCGCCUUCCUCCAGCCGCGUCCUUGACCGCGCCGCCGAAAUCUUGACUCCCUUCCCUCCCAGCAAGAACCGCCCCCGCCCCGGUGACUGGACCUGCCCCUCGUGCGGUUUCUCCAACUUCCAGCGCCGUACGGCAUGCUUCCGCUGCUCCUUCCCUGCCAUGUCCGGUGGUCCGGCCGGUGACCCGAUGGGCUACCCUGGCCCCUAUGGCUACGGCCACCCCGGUAUGAUGGGUCCGCCCCACCACAUGGGCCAUGGCCACGGCAUGGGAGGUCAUAUGCGCGGUGGCAACAGCGGUGGCGUUGUCCCCUUCCGUGCUGGCGACUGGAAGUGCGGUGCCGACGGCUGCUCUUACCACAACUUUGCGAAGAACGUCAGCUGUCUCCGCUGCGGUGCUAGCCGUGCGGGUGCGGCCGUCGUUGCCGACACGGCUUUCCCCUCGCCGAUGGACACUCCGUCGAGCUAUGGCAUGGGCCCGCCUUCUAUGGCUGGCACCCCUGGCGCUGGUCCGUUUGGCGCUGCUGGAGGCUUCGGCUCUGGCGCCGGUUUCCCUGGCCAGCAGUUUGGCGGCCCCCCGUCCACGUACGCCCUUCCUUCGGGCAUUGGCGCUGCUAGCCCUUACCCUCCUAUGGGCACCCAAUACGCCCCCAACGGCGGCAUGCACGCCUCGCCCUUUGACAGCCGCGCUGCCGAAGCUGCAUUCUCCUCGGCCGGCCAGGCUCCCUCUGCCGGCGCUGGCUUCUCCAAUGGCGUGCCUGACGGCUCCAGCGACCCGUUCUCCUUCCUGACUCCUAGCUUCGGGCACCUCUCCAUGGGUGAUGAUUCCAGGCGUGGCGUUGGCAACCCUGCCAACAAAUCUCCUGCGUAA